GUGCGUCUUUCUCAAAUUGGUUGCCUAUUUACCCCAGAUUUCUCGUUGUCUUUCCAAGAAGCCAAGGUUUUUAGUAACCUCCACAACACCUAUCACGCAUAUUAAGUACACGCGCGCCGUCUCCCCCAUCUAUAAUCAUCAAAAAGUCGGCCUUCGGCUCCCAGAAACAUCAAUUAUCGAAUACAUCGCAACUGUUCGAUAUGCUUCCACCUCUUGCUGCUCUCGGCAUUGCUGAGACAGUCUUCUACGCGCCCAUCGCGCCGCUUGCCGUGUAUCUAGUGCACCGCAAUUGGCCCACACGCCCGAGGGUUGCGUGGUAUCCUUUUAUUCUUCUAAGCCUUAUGCGCCUUGCUGGCGGUCCAGUCAUUAUCGCUUUGGCUUAUGACUUGACGAGUGAGGGUCUCUUGAUUGCAGCUACCAUACUCCUCAAUGUCGGGGUUAUCCCGUUGCUCAUCGUAAACUUCGGUUUCGUUCUAAUUGUUAUGACUGACAACUUGAGCGACAAAAACCGCAUCCUUUCUUUCGCCAAACUCGUUCGUAUUGCCCUCCUGUUUGCCAUUAUAGUACUCGUUACUGGGAGUUCUAUGGCUACCUCGCAGCCAAAUAUCGCAAGAAUACUCCAAUUGACAGGGUACUCUGCAUUUGGCGCUAUUUUGCUUGGCCUUCUUAGUACACAGCUCGUAUUUUGGAGUCAUCGACAUGAAUACCACGCAAGCAGCCGCACAGUCUUAGGUGGUGCCCUUGUGGCAGCACCGUUUCUUAUCGCUCGAAACGUCUACGCUCUUUUAUACUAUGGUACCAACUACUACAGCUCCGUAGGCAAUGGGCUGCUCGAGUAUCAUACAUCCAUAUGGAACCCAAUAGUCGGCUCUACGGUUCUCUUCGCGCUUAUGGCUUUGUUGACAGAGUAUAUUGCGAUAUGUAUCUACUUCUACGUGGGCUUCUCCCUACCUCCUGAUCGAGGUGUUGCCGUAAAUUCUACCGAGAGGGACAAAAUAACACGAAGUGGGAGGAGAACCAGACGUUACCGUACCAGGCGCCCCCGAAAAAUAUUCACCUAAUGUGGGCUGGCGAUAAGACGAAGCCUAGCGUUGUUGCCUUUUGCCCUCGAGGCCAUGGUUUCCGAAACGUGGGCCUAGACUGCAGUAGUAUAAUUGAAAAGUUCUUUUGGCUUACAUCUCAAUGAGGGGGAUGUUAAUUGCAAUCGGCCAAGAGUGAAAUAAAGGAACUGGACGAAGGGUUAGUAAUAAUAGUAGUAUGAUGAUGAUGAUGAUGGUCAAUUUAUUAUCCAUCCCAGGUCCUUAGUGCUCCUAUGCAGACAUUUCGACUACGUGAUAAGCUGUGAUACACUCAUACGGUGCAAUAGUGAUCCUCUCGAUAUCUGGGAGGGGCAUCGGUCGGGUUGUGAUUUGACAGGCCGAGAC